AUGCGUCUCCCAUCCAUGACAGACCAACAUCCUCAUGUGGACGAAGACCUGGAGCGCCUAGCACAACAGAGUCGCGCUGUCCCUCUGGGUGACCCUAAAAUCCUAGAGGAGAUUGAAGAUCUAGAGUGUGAAGUCUUUCAGCUCAACAGGGUAAAAGAUGAUCUCGAGGAGGAAAUAAAGGAACAACAGAAGAUCAUUCACAACCAGCAGCAGGGGAAGAGAGCACUGCUGCAGUCUUUACGGGAGCAGAAGGAGAAAGUGGACCGUCUUCAACUCCGGCAGGAGGAGAUGAACGCUGAACACGCUCAGCUCCUUGCAGCGAAAGACGAGAUGAUUCGGAAUCUGCACGUCACGCUGGAAGAGCUGAGAGCCCAGUGGCCCCACAAAAGCCCACAAAUCCCGAGAGAACCCUGUGAGGAAGAGGAAGUGGGAGCAAGCCAGCCUCUCCCCAGAGAGAACGGAAGUGAAGAGCGUGAUCCACCUAAAGCCGAAAUUCAAAGAUUAGUCCAAGGAAUCAAAGAACAGGAACUGGAGAUGAAGCUUCUCGCUGAACAGAACAUCCGACUGACCGAGCAGGUGGAUCGGCUGUCCAAAGAGGAGAUCGGGAAGCUCACUCGGAUUAUCCAGCAAAAGGAUAUGGAGAUUCAGCAUCUUUCCAGCAGAAUCUCCGAGGCUUCUGACAGCCAGAACAGGCACGUGGAACACCUUCAACGGCAAUUGCAAGAGUGUGCUUUGAAAAGCGAACAGAUCUUGGCCGUCCUAAAUGAGAAGACGAGGGAGAAUAGCAAUCUGAGAAGGGACUAUCACGAAAUGACCCAUCGACUUGCUGCCAAGGAUGCAGACCUCCAGAGGAUGCAAGAGGAAAAUCAAAAACUGUCCACGAGAGUGGAAAGCAGCGGCCAGGAGGUGGCAAGAGCCCUAGAAGGGAAACUGAAGUCAUUACAGGGAUUAUUGCAUCAAACAAAUGCUGACUUGGAGGUGAAGGAGGACCAACUCCAAGAGUUCAAGAAACAGAAUGAGGUGCAGCGGGAAAUCCUGGAGGACACACAGAAGAAACUCUUGACCUUAGUAAGUCAGGCCGAAGGAAUGGUGGACAAAACCCUCCUAAGGGGACUCUUCGUGGGAUCUUUGCAGGCAGCUGAUGCGGAACGGCGGGAAGCGUUGAGGCUGAUGGCAAGCGCGCUGGGGAUCCGAGAGGACCAGCUGCGGCAGCUGCGCGGUCAAGAGCCCGCGGGUGUGCCCAGCGGGGCGACUGGGGGGCCCGAGUCCAGAAGCGCCCCCAACUCACCUGCGAAACCAAAUCACCAAGCUGUGGCCAAUCAUUCCUUUUCAGAACUUUUUGUCCAGUUUCUAAAAGCGGAAUCUCAUUCAACUUUUCCACCGCCCAAACCCUCUGCUCAUGACGUGAUGCCCCCAGAUUCAGGAGGAAGGGGAAAGCUGCCUAAGAAACAAGGCCCACCACGACUGAACGCUACCCUGGGAUCCACACCCCGAAAAAACGAUGUCAAGCCCCGCACCACAGCUGUGUCUCUUAUUAACCCACCUGGACCGGAAAUGGAUGGAUCGCAGCACCUUCUUCUAAAUGCUGUCACUGAUGCUUUACCCACGUACACGCCGCAAAUACUGUCACCUGCCAAGAAGGGUGGAAAGGCGGCCAAACACCUCUCAGAGAAAUAGAUGAUUGUGAGCCAGAGUGACACCAGGCUUUGAAGAUCCCAAGUCACUCUGUGUGUCUACCUUAUCUCCUAACGUGCUUUUUCAAAAUGUCAAAUGUUCGCGGUUUUGCUUUCAGCUUAAGAAACAUAUUCUUUUAUGACUUAACAAAAAGGGGGAUCCUGACCUGUGACCUGAUCCUAGGAUCCCGGGAUCACGACAGGAGCCAAAGACAGACAGUUAACAGACUGAGCCACCCAGAUGCCACAGCAGUGGUGACUUUUGUAGGAGCGUUGACACUGCUGGGCUUUGGAGGCUGUGGUCAAAGGAUUCUUCCAACAAUGUUUGUAAUGCUUUAAGGUUUUCACAAGGGCCAGGUGUCUAUGUAUAACUUAUGUAGAGAACACAUCCACUUGUUUCAGUGUUCCAGAUGUAUCAGAUAUACGAGCACGCAAUCCUUGUAUGGGAAACGAGGUGAAUAGCAGGAAAGUACAAGAUGAAUAUAAGGUAAAAAAAAAAAAAAUGUCAAUUCACUUUUCCAGUUAAGUCUCAUUUCUCUUCGUUUAUUUUUUAUUUUCUAGUUUUUAGAAAUCAUUUCCUUUUCUGUUGUCUGCCAAAGCACGCUAUGGGUAACCUGAUUUCUCUCGGGCCUUAUGUAUGUUGGCCUGUUUAGGAGUAUACUAUUCUCUGACUUGCUGUCCACC